AUGAGUACCGUGGAUAAUACCUUUGGAGCGUUCUUGAUCGGGGUUGUAGUCUCUGCCACGCUCUACGGAGUUACUUGUAUGCAGACAUGGUACUACUUUAGCCGGUAUAUCUCGGAUCCUUGGUACAACAAAUUUUGUGUCGGCGCUAUAUUUCUAUCAGACUCAACCCAUCAAGCUCUCAUUACACACACCGUGUAUACGUACCUUAUCAUUGACGUUGAUAACGCUACUGAUCUCGAGAAAAUUGUGUGGAGUCUAGCUGUUGAAGUCGUGUUCAAUGGCUUCACGGCGUUGGUGGUUCAAAGCUUCCUCACCAUACGUGUCUACCGACUAAGCAACAAGAACAUAUUUGCAACCGCAUCAGUGCUGUCCCUCGUCAUCGCUGAAUUUAUCCUUGAUAUCAUAUAUUUUUCAAAAGCUAUCCAUCUGACGUUCCUCACUCAAGUUCCCCAGCUCAAACCAUGGGCAAUGUCUAUGAAUGCUGUAGCAGCUGCCGGAGAUGUCCUUAUCAGUGCCUUCCUCUGCACAUUCCUUGAACGGUCUCGCACUGGUUCACGUCGCUCCGAUACCAUGAUCAAUAAGCUGAUGCUGUUCAGCGUCAGCACCGGUCUACUUACCAGUGUUUGCGCGGUCAUGUCCCUCAUUUCUAUUAUAGUGUGGCCUAAUACCUUUAUUUACGUCGCAUUCUAUUUCUGCUUGGGUCGUCUUUACUGCAAUUCUCUACUGGCAACCCUCAACGCACGCAAGGGUAUCCGCCGCAUUCCUUGUAACGAGCCCAUGUCACUCUCGCUACAUGCAGUUCGGAGACAUAUCAAUAGUCCCAUCAGCUCCUCGCGAAUGGGGAUGCCGAACGACCUUUCAAUUAAGAUGGACACCGCGCAAGAAUAUAUCGAAAACGACUUUCUAUCCACAAAAGACCUCAAAAGGCCCCAGUCAGUUUAA